AUGAGCAAUGGAACAACCGGUACAACAGAUACUGCAAAAGUGGCACCAUCGGUGGCGAUAGCAAUUUCCGAGAUUGAUAUUGUCAAAAUGAUAUUAGAGUAUUUGGAUUCCAGAGAUCUACAUAUUGCGCAGCUUUCUUUGGAGCGGGAAACCGGUAUCAUUAACGGUGGCUUUUCUGACGAUGUACUUUUUCUACGACAACUGAUAUUGGAUGGCCAAUGGGAUUCUGCAUUAGACUUUGUGGAACCAUUGAAAGAGCUUCCAGAAUUUAAUUUUCGUAUUUUUCGUUACUAUAUCACUAAAUACAAGUAUUUUGAACUCUUAUGCCUGAAUCAAGAACCAGGUAUAAUGCACGAUAACGACUUCACCGUUCAGGAGCUUGUAGAAUCCCUUAAAGAUUUGGAACAACUGGCACCAAGUCCAGAAGAUUUUCGAAGCCUAUGUGCGUUAUUGACGUUACCGAAGCUGUCGGAACACGCUGAUUUCAAAAACUGGAAUCCCAGUAGCGCAAGGAUUGAGUGUUUUAGAAAGAUUGAGCCGAUGGUAACGCAGUUACUACCGCCGAUGAAAAGAAGCACAGAUUCAGUGAAAAUGCAUUCAAUGAAUGAUCGACUUUUGCAACUUUUGGUGAAAGGAGCCCUCUACGAGGGAUGCGUAGAUUUUUGUCAAGCUCAGGCAAUCGGUGAUAUUCAAAGUAACAUUAGAGAUGAGUUCAAAGAAUGUAUUAUUUGUUUAGCUAAAACUGCACGACCGUCUCAGAUUCUGGCAUGCCGUCCUCGUCUGUGUAACAACGAUUUAUCAUUGGUAAAUUGGUUAGAGGCAAUGGACAAAAGCCAGUAUGUGUUACCAUUCAAACAAAAGUCGUUGGAUCUCAAACUAGAAAAAAUUCGGAAACCAAAGCUAGAAGCACAGUGGACAGAGCAUAUACUAGCAACGCCGGUAAAACCUGGAGGAGUAUUUCCGCAUUCACUAGUUCCAACUGCAAAGCUUAAAUGUGCUCAACAGAUGUCCCAAUCAAUGAUAAUUCCAGCGAUGGCUACAUCAUUUAGCGUUGCACUAAACCAUGAGACAAGGAAGAAAAUGCAUCGCAUGUCGCAGUCAACAGCUCCAAUGUUAGGUUUUUCAAUUGAAGGAACGAAGGAGCAAGGUGAAGCUAUGAUGGCUCAGAGUCAGAUGAUUGAUGCUAUGUUUGAAACCUCUCAAUAUACAAAGUCUACUCGGCCGACAAAUCUGCACGUUUCGUUUGGUCCCACUCCUCUGCAAGAGAACAGUGAGGCCAAUCAGUACAUGUAUCAACCCCCGGCUGUGCAAAACACGGGCGCACAUCGGGGUCUAAUGUCUGUGUCGGCAGCGAUGGACGUCACGAGCAGGCGACAACUUGAAGAUAUAGCUCGAUCUGCACAGCGUCAAAUGAAGCUUCCUACCGUUCCAGAAUUGAGCACUCCAACUGAAGAAGCAAAUCCACAAGCAGCCUUCUCGGGCUCCAAUUCUCUGACAACAUCAAAACUGUAUCGGGAAUUUUCCAACAGACGAGUACAAGACUGUAAGCGUGUUUUUCGCUGA